ACUCCCACCAGCUGAAGCGAACCAACUGCUCCGGCCGCUACGAGUUGGCGGGCCUGCAGGCGAAGUCGUCAGCCCUAGCCAGUUCCCACCCCUCCUUGCACGGGGCGCUGGACAGGCUGAAACACGCCACUAACUUCCUCAACAUGAUGCUGCAGAGCAAUAAGUCGUGGGAGCAUAACUUGCAGGACGACCUGGAGUGGUACCAGGCACUGGUGCGGAGUCUCCUGGAGGGCGAGCCCAGCAUUCCCCCGGCAGCCAUCACCUUCAGCACCGAGUCGCUGUCCGCGCCGGCCCCGCAGGUCUUCCUCCAGGCCACCCGCGAAGAGUCGCACCCUGUCCUCCUCAGCACACCAUCUGGCCAACGCCACGCUGGAGACCGAGUGGUUCCACAGCCUGCGACGCAAGUGGAGGAUCCACUUACACAGCCGCGGCUCUAAUCAGAGGCCCUGGAGCCUGGGCCACAGCUGGCAGCGCAGGGACGGGCUUAGCGGGGACAAGAGCCACGUCAAGUGGUCUCCGCCUUCUCUGGAGUGCGAGAACAGGAGUUACAAGCCUGGGUGGCUC